GUCCAAGGUCACACAGUUAAGUGGCACAACUGAUUCAAACUGAGGACCCCACAACUCCAGCACACCCGUUCACCCCACAGAGGGUAGAAGGUGGGAUGGGGAGCUCCUUCUUUAAUAGCAUUGGAUGGGUGGGCUGCUCCAUCCCCAGCUAGGCUGUUUCUCGGGGUGGGGGGUGGGGAUGAGGUCAUGGAGCCCAGGCCAUGUGACCAGUGACAUCAUAAUGCCCUCAGGCCUGGCCCUUGCACAAGUGAGCCAGAGGGGCCUUUAGAGCCCGGAAGGGACUGGAACUGACAUGUGAAAUCUCUAACAACUGAGAAUUUGAUGAGGACAGUUCAUAAAUGAAGUCUUGGUGAAUAAUCUCUAUCUGCACCCCAGUGUUUGGAGUGCAGAAGCUCCAACAAAUAACUCCUCUAUCAUGAUUGUGGUUGGCUGGAUAUUUUUUGUUGGACUUGCAUGUUACCUGGGGGCAUUUCCUAAAGCAAUACAUCCAACACUAAAAUGGAUAGAGAGAAAGCCUGUCCAGCCUAUUCGUGAGCGCAAAGGUCGACUAAGGAGUGUGCUUUUGGAUGAAGACAAGGAUAAGUGA